AUGAUCGCCGCGACGAUCGCCGUCGUGAUCGCCAACCCACUCCUUAUGUUGACACCACCUGUCAGAUCUGCACUAUUCAUGGGCAUCCCGCUCGUGAUUGUUGGUGGCGCUAUGAUGAUGACCGUGGCAAGAAGGAUGCAAAUUUUGCUGCACAUGGAGUGGACUCAAAUUGGUAUUAUGACACUGAAUUCUGCAGCUACAGGUGAAAAUUUUGUGCAAAAUGGUGCUCCUGAGCCUCCACAAUCCUCCUCUGAAAUCAGUCCAACACAUGAUGAUUCUGGCGCGGAUUCCGAAGAAGAUACAGGGGAACAUUCCCCUGGCAGACCUGCUGGCACUGAUCCCCAGGCGGAUUCUCCCGCCUCUGGGAGCCCGCGCCGGUCUGCGUCACCCGCAGCGGCCAGCCCCUGUGCUGCAGAGCAGCGCCCCGCAUCCCGCGCCAACCCGGCGUCGCCCCACACCAAUCCGCCGUCGCCACGCGUCGCGUCGCCUCCAGCAGCUCCCUCAGACCCCGACAGUCUCCAUGAUGACAGCGCUGGAUCAUCUGCGCCGACUGACUCUGUGUCUAGCGCUGCUGCUUCCUCCGCAGACUCCGAAUCUUCUGCGGCUGGUUCGUAUGUGGCCGUUACUGCUGCGCCACCACCGCCCAGCCCUCCUGGACCUCGUACUCGUCUCCAAAAAGGUAUUCGUAAUCCUAAGAAAUAUACUGAUGGUACUGUAUGA